UACGUAAUAUUUCUGCAAACUUCUUUUGCAUUGGGUAAAGCAACUACGGGAAAAGAGGAUUCAAACGAACAAAUGUCAGGUAUAGUUGGGAUAUGGGAAUUACAGAACCCAGCAUCAAUUCAUUGUACAGAAGCAAUUUUAAAUGAUUUGAGAAAUUUGGAAACCCUUUUAUAGAACAAUUUUAAGGUUUGUACGGAGCAGUCACCAAAGUGACAGAAAAUUUAUAAUUAACUACUUAACAAACCUUAGAGAGAUAUUUUCCAGAGCUUGGACAAUCUGAGCAACUCGUAGCGGAGGGAGUGAAGUGUACUGCAGAUAACUUGUUAAAUUUAUUGAUUGGUGUGUAUAUUGAUUGGAUUGGAAUUGAUUGUGAUGUCGAAGAGGAGGAAUAGAUUAGGGCACUGUAAUUGAGAAGCGAUGGGGAACAAGAUUGCGCGUACGACGCAGGCAUCAGCGUCGGAGUAUUACCUGCACGAGCUUCCUUCGUCGUUAAAUUUAGUGUUAAAGGAAGUCGUGGGGAGGGGCAGAUUUCUGAAGUCCAUUCAGUGCAUGCACGAUGAAGGCCUCUUGCUGGUCAAAGUCUAUUUUAAGCGCGGCGGCGAUUCCCUCCAUCUCAAGGAAUAUGAAAGAAGGUUGUGUGAGAUAAAGGAGAGGCUUCAAAAGAUUAAAGACUCUCAUGUUUGGCCAUUUCAAUGUUGGCUUGAGACUGAGAAAGCAGCAUACCUUAUUCGCCAAUAUUUCUUCAGCAAUUUGCAUGAUCGAUUAAGCACCCGGCCAUUUCUGAACAAUAUUGAAAAGAAGUGGAUCGCCUUUCAGCUGCUGUAUGCUUUGAAGCAGAGUCACGAGCAUGGGGUCUGUCAUGGUGAUAUAAAGUGUGAGAAUGUACUUUUGACCUCUUGGAAUUGGGUGUACCUUGCGGAUUAUGCAUCGUUCAAGCCAACAUAUAUACCUGAUGAUGACCCAUCAGAUUUCUCCUUUUUCUUUGACACUGGGGGAAGACGACGUUGUUAUCUUGCACCUGAGCGUUUUCACGAGCCAGGAGGUGAUGGUCAACUUAAUGUGGAUACUACUUUGAAGCCAUCAAUGGACAUCUUUUCCCUGGGGUGUGUUAUUGCUGAGCUUUUUCUUGAGGGGCAGUCAUUAUUUGAACUAUCGCAGCUGCUUGCUUACCGAAGAGGACAGUAUGACCCUGGACCAUACCUGGAGAAGAUAUCUGAUGAUGGAAUCCGCAGUAUGAUUUUACAUAUGAUCCAAUUGGAUCCAGAGGCACGUCUGUCAUGUGACAGUUACUUGCAAAACUAUGCAUAUGUUGUUUUUCCAAGCAAUUUUCCCUUUUUCCACAACCUUUUUUCUUGGAUAACACCUCUGGACACUGAUAAAAGGGUUGCAGUCAUACAAAGUGCAUUUCCUGAAAUUCUCAAGCAAAUGGCACCAACUUUUUCAGAGGGAAACAAUGCACUGAAUAAAGCAUCAAGCACUGAUGCCAAUCAGAUUGCUAUGUCAGCUGGUUCCAGUCCGAGCAUUGGAGUACAGGAGAAUUUAAAAGGUUGCUUUGACAAGAAUGAACAAUCUGGAAAAAUUAAUGUUGGAAGUUCAUAUUCAGGGUUGAUUAGUGAUAUUGGUACUCUCCAAAGAGACUUGUUGCAACCGAAUUGUGAAAAACACACAAGUGAAAAAGCUCAGAUGGAUUAUCUUGGAAAUUCUUUUAUGAAGAAGAAUGAGGAUCGGGAAAUUAGAUCCAGUCAUGAAAUGAGGAAGUACUCUGAUUCUUUGCAAUUAAAUGCUAAUAGAAAUGUGAUAAAAAAGUACUUAUUUUCUGAAAGAAAAGAGAAUAAAGAUCCAGUCACUUCAGGGGUUGGGACAGAAAAAAAUGCGCACUCAGUUCUUGUACACUCAGAUAGAGUGGAGACUGGCACAAAGUGUGAUGGAAUGGUGUUAAUUGCAUCAUUGUUAUGUGCAUGUGUUCGAAGUGGUACACUUACACAGUCAAGGAGAGGAGCUAUAUUGUUAUUGCUACGCUCUUCAUAUUAUAUUGAUGACGAGGAUCGGUUGCAGCAUGUUCUUCCUUAUGUUAUUGCAAUGCUUUCUGAUCCAGCUGCUAUUGUACGGUGUGCUGCUUUGCAAACUGUCUGCGAUGUACUUUCAUUAGUCAAUGAAUUUCCCCCAAGUGAUGCAAAAAUAUUUCCAGAAUAUAUUCUUCCUAUGCUUUCAACAUUACCAGAUGAUCCUGAGGAGAGUGUUCGUAUUUGUUAUGCUAAUAAUAUAUACAAGAUUGCUGCAACCGCCUCACACUUUCUUAUACGCUCUCAAGUUUUGAACGAGGCAGACAUUUUAGAUAGAUCAAAUAUUUCACAUAAGGCUGGCAAAGGUCCUUUGGGUUCACAAGCUUCAGAUCAUCGAAAGAACAGUAAAUGUAAUGCAGAACUUACAGAGUUACGGCAGACAAUAGCUCAUGUUAUACAAGAAUUGGUAAUGGGACCAAAGCAAAGUCCAAUAAUAAGGAGGGCACUGCUAGAGCACAUAAAGGAAUUGUGUGAUUUCUUUGGGAAGAAGCAAACUAAUGACUUCUUGUUGCCUAUUCUCCCAGCUUUUCUAAAUGAUCGUGAUGAACAGUUACGAGCUGUAUUCUUUGAACAGAUUAUCCAUGUAUGUUAUUUUGUUGGUCAAAUAAGUGUGGAGCAGUAUCUUUUUCCUUAUAUUGAGCAGGCUCUAAAUGAUGUCGUGGAAGAAGUUAUUGUGAAUGCCUUGAAAUGUUUGGCAGCGUUGUCAAAAAGUAAAUUACUAGGAAAAUUGUUAGUGAUUGGAUCAGUUGAGCAUUCUGCUCCACUUUUGUGUCAUCCUAGCCAAUGGGUUAGAAGGGCAGCUGUCAUUUUUAUUGCUGCAGGUAGUGAGAGUUUACAGCCAGUUAAUUCUUAUGUUUACCUUUCACCAAUUCUUCUUCCUUUCCUUCGUAGAGAGCCAGCAUCUUUAACUUCAGAGAUUGAGUUAUUGUCAUGUCUAAAGUCUCCAAUGUCAAGAAAGACUUUUCAUGAAGUCCUAGAAAAAGCCAAGAAUUCACAAUGUUUAGAGGUUUCAGAAAAGGGCAACAAUCAGAGCAAAGUUAAGCAACUUCCAGAUUCUCAGAAGCUAGUUGAACCUAGUUUAAACUCAAAUAAUGCUCCUUUUUUAAAUAAAAAAAUACAUGAAAAGAUUUCAUCUAUUUCGUCUGUAGCAGUUGAUCCAGCUGUGGCCAAAAGCUGGUUAAUUAAUAAGUCAUAUCUACAUCCAAACAUAGAAUCUUUUGGCCAGAAUAUAAGUUUAUCUGAGCCAGAAGAUUGUGCAAGGAUGAAAGCAAUGGAAAGCUACAUUCUAAAUCUGUCCAGUACAAUGCAGUCUCGAGAGAACACUUCAGAGUUGGAAAAUCAUGAGAAGCUUCAAGCUUCUGGUCUAGGAAUGCCUGUGAAUUCUGGGACAGGUAAUGGUUCCAACCAUGGCCCAUCUUAUGAUGGUGUCCCAAUAUAUGUGUACCCCCUUAAUGAAAUGAAAAAUGAAAGCGGAAAAAGUCUGAUGUCAUCGAUAGGAUCAUCCUUGAAUGAAGAGUUAAGCAAGGAUGUUGUAGGUCCACAAGGUGCAACGCCUAUUUUGAUGACAAAUUUUUCUGGAGCACAAGUUGCUGGUUCUGUUGUUUCCUCACAGUGGACUUUGGGUGCUGGUCACUCGUCCAUGCCUGCUGCAGAGAUGAUACAGAAAUCUGUUAGUAUGGUAGGUUCUUUUCCUCCCAAGUUGGUUAGUGGUUCUAUUUUGAAUGGCAGCUUUGCUUCUACCAGACAAGCGAAUAAAGUCCUGAGAGAUUCUGCUGGAAGAGAAAAUGAUGACAUAACUUACAUGAUGAAUAAGUUCAAAGAUAUAGCCAUUUCCGAUGAUUCUAAGAGCUCUUUAUUGUCGAUGAGUGUAACUGCGGGUUCUCCAUCACUAACAGACGCAACUGUAAUGUCAUCUUACUCUGGAUCAUCUGUCCCAGAUCGGGCAUGGCGGCCACGUGGAAUUCUGGUGGCACAUCUUCAAGAGCAUCAAUUAGCUGUCAAUGACAUUGCAGUUUCACAUGAUCAUAACUUUUUUGUAAGCGCAUCAGAUGAUUGUACAGUUAAGAUCUGGGAUAGCCGAAGACUAGAAAAAGACAUUACAUUUCGGUCAAGGUUGACCUACUCUGUAGGUGAUGGCCGAGCACUUCAUGUUGCCAUGUUUGCAAAUGGGCCGCAAGUUGCUGUGGCAUCAAGUAGUGGCAGAAUACAUGUUUUUUCUGUGAAUUAUCUUUUAAGAGAAGAUGGCAGCAUUGAUAGGUACACUGGCACUGAAAAUGUUGCAAAGAAAGAGACAAAGGAAGGAGCAGUUCUAAGUUUGCAAAAGUUUUCUACAGAAGGUCCUCCAAUGAUUCUUUACAGCACCCAACAUAAUGGUAUUCAUCUUUGGGACUUAAGGGCACAGAUCAAUGCAUGGACAUUGAAAGCAAGUCCAAAAGAGGGUUACAUUUCUGCAGUUGUGGUGGAUCCAUUUCAGAGUUGGCUUGUUUCAGGUUCAUCUAGAGGGGUGCUAACCCUAUGGGAUGUGCGGUUUCAUAUCCCUGUAAAUACAUGGCAGCAUCCUAUGGCUUGCUCUAUAGAGAAAAUGUGUCUUCAUGCCGCAACUUCAAAUUCUUUCCCAUGUACAACAGGUGAUCCACUGGUUUAUGUAGCUGCAGGGAUCAAUGAGGUGGCUCUGUGGAAUGCAAAGGAUGGUAGCUGUCAGAAGGUCUUUCGACUGCCAUGCUCUGAAGCUGUUGCAGAUGUUUCUGAGAUUCCUGCUGCAUUAGCCAGGUCAAGUCAAUCGACUCUGAAGUCUGGAGUCGCCCUUCGCUCUAAAAGAAUGGCAAAUUCAAAAUAUGGAGUGGAUGAGUUGAAUGAACCACCACCUCGACUUCCUGGUAUCCGCUCAUUGCUCCCAUUGUCAGGUGGCGAUUUGUUAACUGGAGGAACAGAUUUGAGGAUACGACUUUGGAACCACUUCAGACCUGAACGCAGCUAUUGUGUCUGUGGACCUCCAAUAAAGAAGACAGCUGGGGAAGAAUAUUAUGAUACAAGGUCCGUUCAUGGGGUACAGGUUGUGCAGGAAACAAACAGGCAUUCCAUCAAGUUGACAUCAAAGGCGUCCCUUGCUGCAGCUGCAACUGAUUCUGCAGGUUGUCACCGUGAUUCCAUUCUAUCAAUGGCAUCAAUCCAGCUAAAUCAGAAGUUUUUGAUUUCCAGCAGUCGUGAUGGUGCAGUCAAAGUUUGGAAAUAACACCAAGUUAAUAUUAAGUUAGAAAUGUUGGCAGGAAUUGUUUGGAUUCUUCAUUAUAAUUUCAAGUUGUGUAUCCAGGCACUGUAAUAAAUGGGCCUUCACUAAUGGACAUUAAUUACAGGCUGGAAGAGCCAUAUUACAGGCCUACACUCUAUGAUUAUUGUAACUUUGUAAAUGGUUAACUACAAAUGUUGAGUUAGUCUGGGAGAAAUUAAUUCAUUGUAUAUACAUGCAAGACCUCAAGAUUUUGGGAUGUAGGGACUAUAUAUUAGCACUAUUGAUCCUGAUCUCCAAGAUCCGUAACACACAAUUUAAGAAUGUAUUCAUACCCCUCUGUGAUGGAAUUAGAUUUGUAGUAUAUUGUGAUA